ACAAUUCAUAGAAAACUAGAACAAUUGCUGUGUUUUGAUAGCAAACAAAUAUAUAAACGUUUCUUAUUAGAGCAGAGACAGCGUGUAGGAUUGGUCAAUUCGAUGUCGCGUACGGAUGUUACAUUUCUAUAAAUAGCUCUUGAUCACAGGUUUCUCAAGAAUAUCUGAUACGAUUUUAUAUAAGUAAGGAAGUUUGGAUUGUAAAUAUCACAGAUACGUUUUUCAAUACGUGAAAUUUUAUUUCAUAUACUUUUUUAUAUAAGUUAGCCUAUUGAUUAUUCAAAUUAUUAAGAUUGUUUACAAAACUACGCCACUUUUUCUUUCUUGAAAAUCAACAUAUAAUUAGUUUUAUAUGCAUAUUUAAAGGUGGUUUCAGUCGGAACAUUAUUAACUUUUCACUUAAUAUUUUUUAACUACGCGCAUGAUUAGUUAAUGAAAUUAAUGAUUUACUUCCUGCAUUUCUAUUGAAUUUCGUUGGAAAAAAAUGAAAAGCAAACAAAACAAAAAUCAACAACAACAAAUUUUCUUGACUCUACGAACAUGAUAACAAAUCUGAUAAUCCUUACAAUAAUUAAUGGGUUAUAUUUCUCUAUUGGAAAGAUAAAGCAGUCUCUUUUGAAGGUUAUCCCUCACGUGCUGUUAUAUUGAACACGAGAGAGACAGAUUUGUUUACUCGAUGUUCACAGUAACAUGUGAUUCUAACAAAUGUGACAUUUUCUAAUCAGAGAAAUAUUGGGGGUCUCAUACCUCAUGUUCGAGGUAUGAAGCUUGUGGUCUUUUAAAGACACUGCAAAGUUGGAGCAUUGAGUUACGAACAUAUGCGACAUUUACGAGAAACAAAUAAAAUGUUUUGUAAAAGGUAACAUGUUAAGAAGUUAUUACUUGUUACUGACGCUGAUUACGUGUAUUCUGUCUUUAUAUGCCAAGGAGCUUCGGUUGUUGGGACUUUUACCCAUGACUGGGGAUGGCUGGAGUGGAGGCGUGUCAUGUUUACCAGCUCUACAGAUGGCGCUAGAUGAUGUGAACAACAAUGGCGCAAUUCUACGUGAUUAUAAUUUGACGUAUAAUUGGAUUGAUACCAAGUGUAAUGAGGGAUUGUCUGUCUAUAAACUGUUUGAAUCUCUGCACAACGAUCCAACGUACCACAUGGUUCUUGGUGCUGGCUGUUCAGUCGAGUCUGAAGCGACUUCGCAAGUUUCCCAUCUCUGGAAUCUCACUCAGUUUUCUUACGGCUCGUCCUCUCCUAUCCUCUCGGACAGAAAACGUUUUCCAAAGUUUUUCCGACUUUCACUUCCGGAUCAGAAACAUAAUCCGGCCAGGAUAGAUUUGAUGAAGGAAUUUAAGUGGAAGAAAGUAGCAACUAUCAACCAAGCUUUAGAAUUUUUUUCUUCAGUAAUGGACGAUUUUGUGAAGAGAGUUCAACAAACUAAUAUAACAAUUAUAUCACAGGAAAUAUUUACAAGCAGUCCAUUGACGAGAGUGCGAAACUUAAAGAAUCAUGACGCACGAAUUAUUAUGACUGCGAUGUAUGAAGACAAAGCACGGGAAACCCUAUGUGCUGCAUACAAAGUAGGGUUAUAUGGUCCAAAGAUUGUGUGGGUAUUUGUCGGUUGGUUUUCUACGACCUUCUGGAAGGUAGACCUUGAAGGCUUGGAUUGUACGGAGGCAGAAAUGAUUAAAGCAGCGGAAGGUUCUUUUAUAACAGGACCUGUUUAUUCCAAUCCUGUAGAAGAAAGAGGAAUAGCAAAUUUGACAGCGUCAGAAUUUGCCAAGCGUUAUUACAUUCAACCAGGUUAUAAUGAAGCCUCGAAGAAUUACGACUCGUUCGCCUACCAAUGUUAUGACCAUAUUUGGGUUGUUGCCAUGGCUCUUGACUGCGCUGAUAAACGACUCCAAGAACUAGGUUAUACCAAAUCCUUGGAUAUGUUUGAGUAUGAAGAUCAUGAUAUUAAUGAGAUCAUUUUUCAAUGUAUGGGAAACACGUCAUUAACCGGUGUCUCAGGUCGGGUGUUCUUUACUUCCGGUGCUGAUCCAAAUAGAAUCGUCAAAAUAGAAAGAAUUCAAGACGGAGCAAGACAAACUGUUGGUCUAUACAGGCAGGAUAAAAAUCCGAAAUAUUUUGAGUGGAUUGAAGGAGCUAUAAAAUGGAAAGAUGGCGUCAUACCUAGAGAUUCAACAUAUAUAACAUUUGAGGAGAAGGAGAUACCAAUGGGGCUAUAUAUAACUAUGACGUCACUAGCAAGUCUCGGGAUAUGUCUCGCAAUAACGUUCUUUAUUUUUAACAUAAUGUAUCGUCAUAACAGUUAUGUAAAAAUGUCGUCACCAAAUAUCAACAACGUACUCUUGUUUGGCUGCAUCUUAUGUUAUUCGACAGUUUUCUUCAAAACGGUUUAUGUGGAAAACGAGAUAAACUGCAAGAUACGUUUAGUAUGUUUUAGUAUUGGAUUUACUAUAACAUUUGGAGCUUUGUUUUCUAAAACUUGGAGGAUAUAUCGGAUCUUCACUAACAAACAACUUUUAAAACGUACAAUUAAAGACUAUCAACUAUUAGUAAUUAUUGGCAUAUUCGUCGUACUUGUGUCGGUCGUGUUGAUAAUAUGGGAAUAUAUUGAACCUCAUAAAGUUGUUACACAGUUUCUAGACAGAGAGGUAUAUAUGAUAGGCAACGAUGCCGAGGUAAGACCAUUUGUUCGUGUGUGCCAUUCGGAAUACUCGGACUAUUUUCAAUGGCCAUUAUACGUUGUUGAGGGUGGAUUAUUAACCUUUGGUGCAUUCCUGGCUUGGGAAACAAGAAAUGUAAAAAUUCAAGCUCUCAAUGACUCACACGAGAUUGGAUUAUGUAUAUACAACGUAGUCAUCUUAAGUGCCGUUGGUUUGACGUUAUCAUUACUUCUAAAGGACCAAGAAGUUUUAAUGUAUGGAAUUACAUCAGGCUUCCUCAUCAUAGGAACAUUCCUUACCCAAGCUGUAAUCUUUGUACCGAAGGUACAUGCAGUUCGACACAAAGUAAGCGGGACAAAUGGGGCAGUGGCUACUGGGAUAAAUACAGGAUUUAACCCAUCUUCAUCACAUCAACAUGGUGCCGAAUAACACACAACGAUGUCAGUGGAGAGUUACAUUAUAAAUGAAUAAAUUAUGCUCCAAUUAUAUUUCAUGGUUCUUUGAAAUUCCGAGAAAAAAAUGGCAAAUAAAAUAAAGGAUUUGCUCAUUUGUGUUAUAUACAUAUUUUGUAAGAUGUGCAAAAUACCAAAUGGUGGACAAAGACAUGUGUGGAGUGUCAUUGUUUUAUAUCAUGAUAAUCAUUAAUAUUUAUUUAUUUUUCAUGCAUAUUCAUAGAAACAGUUUGUAUUUGCAUAAUAUAAUUUACGUGUUAAAUAGUAGUGCUUUUAGUCAAACCAGUGUCGGUUUAUGUCCAACAUGUCAAUCUUAUCUAAUCCAUUUUCUCUGAAAUGAUAUAUGUAUAAAUAACUUACUUACAAAA